UCUUUCAGUGAAAAUUUUCAAAACUUGAUUUUAGUUUGAAAAAGAAGUGGAAGUCAAUGCAAUUGUGUUUUGAAAAAUCUGUUUUCUAGUAGCAGAAAAAUAAACCAAGCCUAAUAAGCUAACAGAAAUCAUGGCAAACAAGAGGAAAGCGGAUGGACAGUUGCCGGCUGAAGAAAAUGAUUUGCUGUUGAUACGACCCCUCGGUGCCGGCCAGGAAGUCGGACGAUCGUGCAUUAUGCUUGAGUUUAAGGGUAAAAAAAUCAUGCUUGACUGCGGAAUCCACCCGGGACUGUCGGGUAUGGAUGCACUUCCGUUUGUUGAUCUAAUCGAAGCGGAUGAGGUGGAUCUGCUGUUUAUAUCGCAUUUUCAUUUGGACCACUGCGGUGCGUUGCCCUGGUUUUUGCAAAAGACCAGCUUCAAAGGUCGUUGCUUUAUGACCCAUGCAACGAAAGCUAUCUACCGGUGGAUGUUAUCGGAUUAUAUCAAAGUUAGCAACAUCAGCACCGAACAGAUGUUGUACACGGAGGCCGAUCUCGAGGCCAGUAUGGAGAAGAUUGAGACGAUCAACUUUCACGAGGAGCGUGAUGUUAUGGGUGUGCGGUUCUGGGCUUACAAUGCCGGUCAUGUGCUUGGCGCGGCCAUGUUUAUGAUUGAAAUUGCUGGCGUUAAAAUUUUAUACACUGGGGACUUUUCACGGCAAGAAGAUCGGCACUUGAUGGCUGCCGAAAUACCGGCCAUGAAACCGGACGUUCUGAUUACGGAAUCUACUUACGGAACGCACAUUCAUGAGAAGCGAGAGGAUCGCGAAAAUCGAUUCACUUCGCUGGUACAGAAAAUUGUCCAACAGGGCGGUCGGUGCUUAAUUCCGGUGUUUGCUUUGGGUCGUGCCCAGGAGUUGUUGCUGAUUUUGGACGAAUAUUGGAGUCAAAAUCCGGAGUUACAGGAAAUUCCAAUUUAUUAUGCGUCUUCGUUGGCGAAAAAAUGCAUGGCCGUGUAUCAGACCUAUAUAAACGCUAUGAACGAUAAGAUUCGGAGACAAAUUGCUGUUAACAAUCCGUUUGUUUUCCGUCAUAUUUCGAAUCUGAAAGGAAUUGAUCACUUCGAGGACAUAGGUCCUUGCGUUGUGAUGGCUUCGCCCGGUAUGAUGCAAAGCGGGCUCUCGAGAGAAUUGUUCGAAACUUGGUGUUCCGAUCCGAAAAACGGUGUUAUUAUUGCCGGUUAUUGUGUAGAGGGAACGCUUGCAAAAACUAUACUUUCGGAACCCGAAGAAAUCACCAGCAUGUCUGGUCAAAAGUUGCCGCUAAACAUGUCCGUGGAUUACAUAUCCUUUUCUGCCCAUACAGAUUAUCAGCAAACAAGUGAAUUCAUUCGGUUACUCAAACCAACACACGUAAUUCUGGUUCAUGGAGAACAGAACGAAAUGGGCAGACUGAAAUCAGCGCUGCAGCGCGAAUACGAGAACGAUCCGAACGCAAAUAUUACUCUGCAUAAUCCAAGAAACACCCACGCAGUGGAACUGUGCUUCCGGGGUGAAAAGACUGCCAAAGUUAUGGGAACACUAGCUGUCAAAACGCCGGAGGAAGGGCAGAAACUUUCCGGAGUUCUUGUUAAACGAGAUUUUAAAUACCACCUCUUAGCUGCAUCCGAUUUGUCAAAAUAUACCGAUAUGAGUAUGUCGGUGGUAACCCAGCGUCAGAGCAUCCAUUGGCAAGGUUCGAUAGCCAGUUUAAAACUGUUGCUGGAGCGCAUUGGCGGUCCCGGUACGGUAACAGCUGAUUCGACGGAAAACGAAAAGAAGUUCCGCGUUUUCGAGUGCAUUGAUUUAACGUUCGAUGGAAAGAUUGUGAUCAUGGAGUGGCAAGCAACGCCGGUAAACGACAUGUACGCUGACACGGUGUUGGCCAGUUUACUGCAGUCCGAGCUGGGCGGUAGCAUGGUGAAAGGUGCCACAGCUAGCAAACCGGAUAAGAUGCACUUUAAAGAGUGUCUGAUCGAAACGCUGCAGGAUAUGUUUGGCGAGAGUUCCGUUCCAAAGCUGUUCAAGGGUGACAGUUUAAGUGUGACCGUACACGGGAAGUUGGUGGAGAUUAAUCUAAGCACACUGGAGGUGAUUUGUGACCAAGAUGAAACUCUUUACCAGACUGUCAAAACGACGGUAAAUAAACUCCAUCAGAAUCUAGUGCAGGUGUCCUAAGGAUGCGGUACGUUGUGAACAAGGUUUACCUUACCUUAUAAUUUUACAUUCAUUUUUGAUUUUCAACUUACAAUACAUAUAUCUUCGCAGUAAGGAAAGU